GCGCGCGCGUGCAAGUCGUGUCCUGGAGAAGUUUUGAAUGCGUGCUUCAGAAGUACGCGAGGAUUGUGGCGCAUCGUACGGCUCAGCUGUGGUGAUGAAUGAACGGAGAAGGAGGGAGAUCAUACAUUAACUCCCGCUCUCUGCGGGGACUCUCCAGUUGGUAGAAGACAGGACCGGGAUGCAGAACAACAGCUUUUAGAGCAAACGCGUCAAAUGAAACCCAAACGAAAAUCCACUUAAUUGUGUGGGCUACCCAACCCGGUGUUUUCCAGGGGGUUUUACGCACCGCAAAAGAGUGAAGAGAACGCUGCAGAGAUGAGUGGUGCGUGGUUUCACAUGCUCCUGAAGGAUCCGCUCUCCUGAUAAAGGGACCAAAGAGGACAAAACAGGGCUGUCCAUGAUAUUUUCCCAAAGAUUGCAAAGGUGGAGCGAUUAGAGGAGGGCUGAUGACGGGACUAUUAAUCCUUUCAGUGCAUCAAAAGCACCAAAGGGAAUUAGAAACGCUCGGAUGGAAAUUGGGCGAAUGUUUACAACUGUUUCUGGUUUUAUAUGAAACUGGUGAUUAGUUAAUCUGCGAGGAUUUUUUUUUCUUCCCAUUGAAAAUUUUGUUAAGGAGUAAAUUCGCUUGUUUGUUUUUUUCCACCGAAAGGUUGUAUGGUAUGAGCCGGAGUAAAUUUUCAGAAACUCUCAUCUCAAUCUUUUUUUUCUUCAAGUAUUCCUAAAUCUAAAUGGAAUUAGUUGAGUCUGAAGCCGUUUGUGAAAGGAACAGACAUGGUACAUGGGCACAUCUUCCAUCACGUUGUUGCAAGUCUUCUCAUACUUGGGUUGUCUGGGGCAACAAGGAAGGACACAGCAGGGAAGAACAACUCUGGAGUGAAGCCUGCAGGUCAAUGUGGAACUUGGGUAAAAGAACCAGAAGGAGGGCUCUUCACUUCUCCCAAUUACCCAAACAAAUACCCCCCAGACACAGAGUGUGUUUACAUCCUUGAAGCUCCCCCACGACAGUGUAUUGAUCUACACUUUGAGGAGAACUAUUCAAUCGAGUCCUCUUGGGAAUGUAAAUUUGACAACAUCGAGGUUCGGGAUGGACCGUUUGGCUUCUCCCCGAUACUCGGACGGUACUGCGGUCAGCACAGCCCGCCUGAUAUCAGGAGUAGCGGCCGAUAUCUGUGGAUAAAAUUUGUUACAGAUGGUGAAUUGGAAGCGGUGGGAUUUUCAGCAAGAUACAACUUUACUGCAGAUCCGGACUUUGCAGACAUGGGUGUCCCCCCACCUCUACCCUCCUGUCAGUAUGACAUGGUUGGUCCAGAAGGUAUCGUUGAGUCCCAUCAGAUCACCAGAGACGGGAAGGCUAGCGCCGCGGAGGCCGUCGACUGUAAAUGGUACAUCCGUGCUCCUCCACGCUCCAAGAUCUACCUGCGUUUUCUUGACUAUGAGAUGGCCAAUUCCAACGAAUGCAAGCGCAACUUUGUGGCAGUGUAUGAUGGUGGCAGUUCUGUCGAAGACUUGAAGAGCAAGUUCUGCUCCACGGUGGCCAACGACGUCAUGCUGGUUUCCACGCUGGGCGUCAUUCGCAUGUGGGCAGACGAAGCCAGCCGCAAAAGUCGCUUCCGCAUCCUUUUCACGACCUACCACGAGCCUCCAUGUGAUGCAGAUGCCUUCUUUUGUCACAGUAACAUGUGCAUAAACAACACGCUGGUGUGUAAUGGCAUGCAGAACUGUGUCUACCCCUGGGAUGAGAACCAAUGUAAAGAGAAGAGGAAAGCCAACAUCUUGGACAACCUGAACAACACAAACGGGACCAUAAUUGGUGUCACUUGUUGCAUCGUCCUCAUCCUCCUCAUCGUCUCUGUCAUCGUCCAGAUCAAGCAGCCACGUAAAAAGUACAUCCUGCGGCGUGAGGACUUUGACCCCACCAUGUUCCAAGAGGUCUUUGAGCCGCCUCACUAUGAGCUGUGUACUUUACGAAGCGCCGCUACAGCCGCAGCAACCUCAGCAGACUUAGUCGACCUGGCGGAAGACUUUGAGAACUACCACGCCCUUCGCCGUGCCUCCUCACGCUGCGUCCACGAUCACCACUGUGGCUCCUCGUCCAACCCCGGCUCCGCCCACAUAUCCCAGCUGUCACUUAGUGGAAGAGGAAGCCGUGGGAACUUGAGCACUCGAGACACAGCAGCCGCCACACUGCUCACAGACCUUCCACAGCCGCCCAUGGCACUGCGGCCCUUGCUGCCGUCCACUGGAAACCGCAGGAGCAUCUUGGUCAUGAAGCACAGCUACUCGCAAGAGACAGCGGACAAUGGAUGCGACCUGGAUGACGACCUGGAAGAAGUACCCACCACCAGCCACCGGCUUUCACGCCACGAAAAGGCAGUACAGCGGUUCUGCCUCAUUGGCUCUUUGAGCAAACAUGAAUCAGAGUACAACACAACUAGGGUCUAAGAGACAAUCUCAAGACUUCUUGAGAAUAGUGCGAUCCUGGAUCAGUACGAACGGGCUUCACUGACAUAUGAAAAAGCGGAGCGGAGAUUUACACCAGCAUGAUGCUGAUGAUGAUGAUGAUGAUGAGGAUGAAGGGACACUUUGACGAAAGCCAGGAUAUUGGAAAUAUAUUCAGAUGAACACAAAGGACUAGAUGCAAUGUUGCAAGUGUUCAGCUCUGUACGCACUGUAGUCAAUCCAGAUAAUUUUUUUGUCUUGCUGGAAAGAAAUGGACCUUAAAUGACCACGAUUACUUAUUAUUAAUUAUUAAACUUUACAUUUGGGGUUUUAGUUAGAAACAUAUCUGUAAUUGUCAUGGACCGCUCACUGAAAACUAAAUGAAUGUGAUCAAACAUCUUCAUGUUCAUUGUUAGGCAUGUAUCUUUCAAAUGAGUAGCAUACAUGUUAUGAUUUUAUAGAAAAUUAGAGUUGCUUGCUGUUUGUCAAAUCUAGAUUUAUUUUAUUAGAGACAAUUGGAAUCAAUGACUAACCCUAAUUGAAGUUAAAGCUGUUGGAAUAAACAGUUCAAGGGUGAGUUAUGUGGCUUGUGCAUGCUUCUUUUGUAUCCAUCAAAACAUCAACAUUCUAACAUUUAAAUAUGAAAAGCCCCCAUCUACUAAUACAUAGGUCAUAAGGACAUAAAGAGUAGGCAAAACAAAACCAUCUUCAAAAUUAAUUAAUUGCAUGUCGUUGCUUCGCUAAAUCAUUAGGUAAAGAAAAUGUCACGAAUUUCAUUUUAUAACACUUUAAAACUCCCUUUUAAAUAUGUUCACUAACUUUGACGUGCAUUUUUAUUUUUUACAAAAAAUACUUUUUUCUGGCAAACCUUUACUUCAAGUCUGUUUGUCUUAAUAUCUUUGUAUUAAAACAGACUUUUAUAAAUUUAAAGGAUGAUAGUUUUUACAGUUACUCAAAUAUACUGAUGCUUUGUAAAAUAAAUAAAAAAAAUAAAGCUUUGCCUUUUUUCUUUGUUUUAUUGGCUUUUGGUCAGCAGUUCCUCUGUCCCUUUAUAGUCUUCUCAGACUGUCAGCCCACGCUAUCAAUGUCUCACAAUCAUGUGUUUAGAUGCUGGUUUAUUUGCUGAUUUGCUUUAAAGGAAAACCCAAGUCAAAAUGAUUUUUUUCCCCAAGGAGGGCAAUAAAAAUUAGCCUUAGAUUUUGGAAUCUUGGUUUCCAAAAUCUUUGGUUUCUCCUGAUGAGAUAAAUCCCAUAUACAGUAUACUGCAUAAGGGACCGAGCAGCCUCACACUCUAAUAUCACUCACUGUUGGCAGGCUGCUAUUGUAGGAAAAACAAGCUGCUAUAUAUGGAAUAUGAGAAGAGAUCAGCUUGGAGCACAAUGACAUUAACAUUACUCCCACGCUCUGCCAUUGCCCGUUUCUUCUUGCUGUGUCAGUUUUUACGGUAUUUACCAUCAAUGUGUACAUUCUUUUCUGUAUUCAAUGUCAUGUAUGUAUUGUUUGCAUCCAUGCUCUCCACUCUCCUUUUCCACAAAUACACACAAUCAUUCACAGACCCAUAUUUCUGCACACACAAAAUAAAAUGUUUCUUUUCUAUACACAUACUUUGCUAAUGUCUGGGUCUUGUCUCUCUGUUUCACAAUGGUGCCAACACUUAUGUUAUAGAUGUUUAACAAGCUCACACAAAUACUUCCUCUCUCUUCUUUACUCUCUAUUACACACUCUAUAAUACACAAACACACACACAACACCACAAAGUCAUCUGCCAGUAUAGAUAGAGGUAGAGAGCUCAAUAAUUAGGUAAGUCUGAACCAAUUUAAAUCACAAGCAGCCCAGGCAGCAGAUGAGAAAAGUGUGGGACCCAGAACAGACUUAAAGUAAUAGUGUUUUCAUUUCUCUGCAGAUACGUCAGACAGAUGCAUCAUUCCUCUGCAUCUUGCCAAGUUUGACAGGAUUUGAAGGUUUCUCUCCCUUGCCUCUUGAGUGAACUGUUGCCCUGUGCAACUUUAACAAUGUAGAGUGUUGUAACGAGAAAAAAAAUGUUUGUGGUGUUCGCAAGUUUUUCUUCUUGCAUUUGCUCUAUACCUGUGCUCCACAAGUGGCUGUGAUUGACAGGCCGUGGAACACUAAUUAUUUCAGAUAUGGGAUGGAAACUUUGGUUUUUGAAAAAUAGAGUAUAAUGUAAAGUUGUUCAUGAAGAAAAAAA